UAAAUAAUUGAAAUCGAUAAACAGUGUAAUUUUACAGGAAAAACAAUAAGUGUAAAUUAAUAUAUAUAAAAAAAAACAAUAUGAAACAAAACAUAACCUAUAAAUGUAAAUAAAAUUUUUUACAAAAUGGUAAAUAACAUAAACUAAAAUAUAAAAUGGUUUUUAUAAAUCGAGGACUGUUUUAUGCAAAAAAAAUCGAAUCUAUAGAGAAGCCUAUGAGAAAUUUUCUACGUAAAGGUUUCGUGGAUCAUCUUCGAAUAACUGUAAAAGCUGGACAUGGAGGUUCAGGACUUCCAAAAUACGGUGGCAAAGGUGGUCGUGGUGGUCAUGUUUACAUACAAGGAUCCGAUUAUUAUACAUUAAAAGCAACUGAGAGAUUAAUAAAUGCAAAAAAAUUACAAGCUGAACCAGGAACAAAUAGUUCUGCACACGGUUUAAUUGGAACAGUUGGAAAAGAUUUAAUUAUUAAAGUUCCAACUGGAGUUGUUGCCUAUGACGACAACGGCAUUACAAUUGGAGAAGUAAAUACAGCAAUGUCACAAUUAAAAAUAGCAGAAGGAGGUCUUGGUGGUUGUAAAGAAACAAAUUUUUGUGGACGAAAAGGACAGAUGCGUACAAUAAAUUUAGAUUUAAAAUUAAUAUCAGACAUUGCUGUUGUUGGAUUUCCAAAUGCGGGAAAAAGUACACUUUUAAAAGCAAUCUCACGAGCUUCUCCAAGAGUCGCGGAAUAUCCAUUUACCACAGUGAGGCCAAAUAUUGGAAUAAUGGAGUUCACAGACCUGAGAAAAAUAACUGUGGGUGAUUUGCCAGGAUUAAUAGAAGGAGCACAUCAAAAUGUUGGCAUGGGUUAUAAAUUUUUGAAACACAUUGAAAGAUCUAAAAUGUUAUUAUUUGUCGUUGAUAUUCAGGGAUUUCAAUUGUCACCAAAACAUAUUUAUCGAAAUUGCCUCGAAACAAUUGUAUUACUCAAUAAGGAAAUUGAACUCUAUAAACCUGAUUUAAUUGAUAUGCCAGCAAUGCUUCUUAUUAAUAAAAUGGAUACACCGGACGCUAAUGAUAAUUUAAAAUCAUUUCUUCCAAAGAUAGAGGAUUUAAAAAAAUAUCUUCACGAAUUUCCAGAAGAAAUUCGUCCCGAAAAUGUUGUCAAGUUCUUGGACAUUUAUAAAGUUACAAUGUUAAACAUGACGUAUGACGAGAAAGAAUUACUUAAAUUUAGAAUAAGAAAUACUUUAGAUAAAUGUACGUCCAUUGAGGAAUUUAAUAAAAUAGGUGCUGAGCCAGUUUUACAAUUAAUUGAGCGAAUGAAAAAGGAUACGAAAAAAAUAGCUCCACUUUUAGUAUAAAAAAAAAAAAAUACUGUAAAUAUAAUUUUUUAUUUCAAUUAUUAAAAUGUUUACAAAAAAUUA